ACCCUCUUGAGUCAUAUGUGUGAGCCACGCCGGGGCUGUGGGAUAUAAAAUGGCGGGGAAGAGGAAUGUGCUGUCGUCUUUGGCAGUUUACGCUGAAGAUUCAGAGCCCGAGUCUGAUGGUGAGACUGGAGUUGAGGCUGUCGGCAGCGCGACUGAAGAGAAAAGUGGACUGGUAUCUGAUGCCUAUGGAGAGGAUGACUUUUCUCGUCUAGGAGGAGAUGAAGGAGGUUACGAGGAAGAGGAAGAUGAGAACAGCAAACAGUCGGAAGAUGACGAUUCAGAGACUGAAAAACCUGAGGCUGAUGACCCAAAGGAUAAUGCAGAAGUAGAGAAGCGAGAUCCCCAGGAGUUAGUGGCCUCCUUUUCUGAAAGGGUACGGAACAUGUCUCCCGAUGAAAUCAAGAUCCCCCCAGAACCUCCUGGCAGGUGUGCAAAUCACUUACAGGACAAGAUACAGAAGCUGUAUGAGCGAAAGAUAAAGGAAGGAAUGGACAUGAACUACAUCAUCCAAAGGAAGAAAGAAUUUCGGAACCCCAGCAUCUAUGAGAAGCUGAUCCAGUUCUGUGCCAUUGAUGAGCUAGGCACCAACUACCCAAAGGAUAUGUUUGACCCCCAUGGCUGGUCUGAGGACUCCUACUAUGAAGCAUUAGCCAAGGCCCAGAAGAUUGAAAUGGACAAACUGGAAAAGGCCAAAAAGGAGCGAACCAAAAUUGAGUUUGUGACGGGCACCAAGAAAGGCACCACAACCAAUGCCACAGCCACCACUACUACUACUGCCAGCACAGCUGUCGCAGAUGCCCAAAAGAGAAAGAGCAAGUGGGACUCUGCCAUCCCAGUGACCACAAUAGCACAGCCCACCAUUCUCACCACCACAGCCACCCUGCCAGCCGUCGUCACCGUCACCACAAGCGCCAGCGGCUCCAAGACCACUGUCAUCUCCGCUGUGGGCACCAUCGUAAAGAAGGCCAAGCAGUGACCAGGGGCUGCUCCAGGACUUGGCAGGACGGUGCAGCCCAGUGACUGCUGCCCACUGGGAGCACCACUUUGUACAUUUCAGGACUUGGAUGUGCUCCCCAGGUGCCACCUGAGAGGAGCCUCUUAUGUGGCAUUCCAGCCAAAAGGAUACUAUAGAAGAGGCGCAGGGUGCACUGGACAGUCUGUCAACACCUCUUGGGUACCGCCCAUUAAAAGUGCCGUGUUCUUUCAUCCUGGCAUCUUGGGUGCACUGGCCUCUCUCACUUUUCAGGCAAAUGUGAAGCUCAAGUGCUCCUUCUACCUCCUCAGCUGUGAUUAUUGCCUCAGGAUUGACUGUGGAGUGACAGCCCUGUAGCAUGCUCAGAGGUGUGCCUCAGGAAGCCACCGUGAUCCUUCCCACUAUAUGCCUCUUGGACAGGCAGGUGGCAGCCCAGGGACAGGGUGAUACACCUUGUUCCUGCUGUCUGCUGCUCUGAUCCUGAAACCAGAUCUCCAGUUCUCAGGCAAGAGCUGAGGCCUCUGCUCACUUGGGUGCAGUUAAGCACUCUCCAGAUGGCUUCUUAGACAUGCCUACAAUUUCAAAAUCAGGCCAGGUACCAGAAGGCUAGGGUGAGAUCCCCAGCUCACACAGGGAGAGGAGGCAGUGUGGGCACCUGGCCAAGGCUGCCCAGUCCCUCACUGUCCAGUGCAGGAUCCAGCCAGUGGGGGAGAUGAAUCACCUCCUCUCUGGCUGGGCAGCAGCUCAUUGUUUACAUGAAAGCCCCACUCCUGGGAGGGCUUCUGCCACCCCACCCUUCCUCUGUUGUUAUCUCUGCCCGGCAGCAGCCCCUGGGCAGCACCAGUGGCCAGUGGACUCUUCUUGGGCCAAACAGCUUUCCUACUACUUGUCAGCCAGUCUGGAGGGGACAGUCUGCCUUUCGUGCUCUUUGGGAGCUCCCUUUCCGCUGCAGCGGAAGGGCUGAGUGUCAGAGAAGGAAGUUGAGCUGUGAAGAGCUCUAUUACUUCCAUGGAGCCAGUGAGGACUGAGAAAGAUCACCCUGAAAUUGUACCUGGAGCUGUUGCAUGACCUUAGGAGUGGGAUGGACUGUCCCUAAGGUCCCCUAAAUAAAUGUUGAGUCUCACUUGC